GCUGUGGUUUAUAAUUAAGCAAGUYUUAUUUGCAUUGCAUCCUGAGCCCUGCUGAUUCGGCUCCUAGACCUGUCACUCCCCUCACUGAAGCUUAGCAUCGAUUCGACUCUCCGUGCAUACGAAUAAACUCUCAGAAUCGAGCGCAAAAAACAUCAAAAUGUCUCUCGCAAUUAUCAAGGAAAAGAUGCAGAAGAUCAAAGAUAACAUCGAUGAUGCGGAAGAAAGAGAAAGCGAAGCCAAAGGUCUGCUUAAAGAAGCUCUAUCUCGCGAAGAAGUUCAAUUAAACGAAGCAGACUCGCUCAGGAGGAGAAUUAAAUUGUUGACUGAAGACUUGAACAAAACUGAAGACAGGCUUGCCGAGGUCGAAGAAAAGUUAGAUGAAGAAUUGAAUAAGACCAAUAGUCAUGAAGAAGCAAGGAGAGGGUUAGAGGACUUUGAAAUGGAAGGCGAUGAGAAAAUACAAGAGUGGGAAGCCAGGGUGAAGGAGAUGGAGCACACCGAGAAGGAAUCAAGCGACAAACUUACCGAGGCAGAGCGUAGAUGCGUAGUUUUGAAAAGAGAUCUCGACAGAGCCUUAAGCAAAGGAGACGUGUUGGAGUCGAGAGCAGAAGAACUGCAAGAGAAGGUAGAAGACGCUGUACAAAGGGUCAAAUCGCUGGAAGAAAACGAAGAGAUUACGUACGAGCGUGAAGAAGAAACCGAGGAAAAAAUUAAAUUUUUGGAUGAGCAAGUAAAGCAGUAUCAACAACGUUCCGACACUGCUGAACGAGAAUGUGUCAAACUAGAGCGAAUCUCUGACCAAAUACAGACCGAAAUACUACAGUAUAACCAGAAGAAGCGAGAUAUUGAAGAAGAAAUGAGGCAAUCGUUGGCAGAGCUCGACAGUGAUUUUUGAACUUGUCUUUCUUCCUUCAUUAUAUUCAUGGUUAUUACCGAACAAAUUCCUCAAAGUUUUACAAAGUUUAUUCUACUUAGUCCGUUGAAUUCUGACAAUGGUUUGCAUACUUUACCGUAUUCGUAUAGCAAUAACAUGAAGACCAGCUCAGCUGAUAUACAAAAUUACGCUGGCAAAAAGAUAUGGAUUCAAUAUGGAUUUUUAACAUACAUUAUAUUAUGAAUUACAGUGCUGAAUCUAAGCCUCAAUAAUUAGGUAGUUUUUUAAAUUUCAAUCGUUACGCAACCGCCAAAUUUCUACAGCAUAAAGUUGAUUCACUUAUGGAGUACAGGGUCUGCGUAAAAUAAUAGUUAUGAUCAUGAUUUUUGUAGUAAAGUUUAAAAAAAUAUAUUCUGAAAUGUGAGCUUCGAGUUGUAAUUGAAUUCACUUGUACGAAGCUUAGACAAACAAUGGGUAUAUUUGUUUAGUUUUUUGACUUCUUUAGAAAAGACUUUGAUUAACUUUUUAUACGCCAUAUUAAGACCUUAAAGUAUACAUAAUUAUUAUAAUUAUUAUUUCAAAUAUAUUCUAGCAAGAAAAAUCAGCCACAGUUUGAUUUGCAUGACUUAAUGUUCACUCAUCGUACUCAUCAUCAAAGCGGCACCCUUUAUUAUUAAGCGCGGACACUAGGCUUUUGUUCCAAAACUUUUCUUCUUAUAUCUAAUGUUGAAACAAACUCUUUAUUCAAAGGACGCAUCUAUUAAGCGUACGCCAGACAAAGUCGCAAGGGUGCCCGCUUGAUAGAGGCUACCACUGUAAUAGUACUAUGAAAUUGUAUAUUAACAAAUCGAAUUGUUUUGCCGAGGUACCAGGUACUCCCUUAGUAAAGCCUGUUUCAAGACCA